CUGCUCGAUGCGCGCAACGUGCUGCUCACAUCGCACGCGCGGCCGGACGGAGAUUCACUCGGCUCACAGCUUGCCCUCGCGGCGGCGCUCCGUCGAUUGGGAAAACAGGUUCGGAUCAUCAACAUCGACCCCGCGCCAGCGCUGUACGCGUUCCUUCCCGACCUCGAGAUCAUCGAGAUUGCCGACUCCGCGACCGACCCCUGCGACGCGGUCGUGGUGCUCGAGUGCAGCAGUCUCGACCGAACGGGCGUCAGCGGACUCGAAGAACGGAUGAUCAUCAACAUCGACCACCACGCGGGCAACGUCAUGUACGGUUCGCUCAACUGGUUCGAUGAGACCGCGUGCGCCUGCGCCGAACAGGUCAGUGACCUGAUCGACGCGCUUGGGGUCGAGCUCACGGAGGCGAUGGCCACCCAUUUGUACGUGGCCAUCCUCACGGACACCGGGUCGUUCCGCCACGCCAAUAUCACGGCGCGCACCUUCGAGAUCUGCCGUCGAAUUGCAACAGCGGGCAUCGAUCCGGCACGCAUCGCCGCCGAGGUCUACACCAACGGCAGCCUGGGACAUGUUCGCCUGACAGGCAUGCUGCUCGACCGGAUGCAACUCGAAUACGACCGGCGGAUCGCCGUACUCAGACUGCACGACACCAUGCUCGCGGAGGCCGAGUGCGCAGCCGACGACAUUGAAGGCAUCGUGAAUCUGCCGCUCGCAGUCCGCGAUGUUCGGGCCGUGGUGUUCUUCAAACACACCGGCACAGAGGUACGUGUCAGCGUGCGGUCGAAAGCGGCGGUCGACGUACGCCAGGUAGCCGUCUCGUUCGGUGGCGGCGGACAUCGUAAUGCCGCCGGGUUCACAAUCGAGCAUCCCACCGCGGAAACGACCCGGCAGGUGAUCACACGUAUCGCCACCGCGAUCGCAAACAGCGAACAGUGA